GCGGCGCCGCAGAGCCCGUCCCGCUGACGGCGGCGGGAGCGCGGCUGCCCGGCCCGGCCCGGCCCCGCGGGCGCGGAGUGGAGCGCAGCGAGCAUGGUGGCGCGGCCCUGACCACCUCUCCCUGGUGGGGACGGCCGAGGGGCGGCGGCAGCCCGUGCCCCGGCGGGCGGGGGCGCAGGAUGACCGGGGUGCUGGAGAGCCUGGUGCCGGACAUGCACGCCAGCCAGAUCUCCGCCGGCAGCUACCACCAGCACAGCGGCCUGCACAAACCGCAGGAGUCUCCUACACUGCCCGUCUCUACGGCCACCGACAGCAGCUACUACACCAACCAGCAGCACGGGGCUGCGGGCGGGACGCCCUAUGGCCCGGUGGGCUCCUACCCCUAUGCGGGCGGUGGCACCGCCCCCUACUCCGCCAAGGCCGGCUACGACCUGGGCUACGCUGGCGUCUACGGUUCCUACGGGCCCUACGGCAGCAGGGCCUCUCCGGCCAACAACGACUCCGCAGAGAAGGAAGACUGCGAGCCGGAGAUCAGGAUCGUGAACGGGAAGCCGAAGAAAGUGCGGAAGCCCCGGACCAUCUACUCCAGUUUCCAGCUGGCAGCUCUGCAGAGGCGCUUCCAGAAAACCCAGUACCUCGCCCUGCCCGAGAGAGCGGAGCUGGCGGCCUCCCUGGGCCUCACUCAGACACAGGUGAAAAUCUGGUUUCAGAACCGCCGCUCCAAGUUCAAGAAGAUGUGGAAGAGCAGCGAGAUCCCGGCGGAGCCGCCCCCCCGCCGCAGCGCUUCGCCGCCGCCCCCCGCCUCGCCCCCGGCCUGGGACUUCGCGCCGCACCCGCGCACGGCGGCCGGCACCGCCAGCCCCAGCCCCGCCGCCGCCUUCCUCGGCAGCUACUCGUGGUACCCGCCGGCACCCGGCGGCCCCCCGCACCUGCCGGCGGCCGCCCCCGUCCCGCAGCCGGCGCAAGCGCCGCACCACCACGGCGGCGGCCUCUUCUAGGCGCCGCAGAGACUUGAACCCGAGGGCCUGCGGCCGGCGGCCGCGGGUACCGAGGUGCAGCACUGGUGUUUAGAUGAAGCCUGGCUCCGGCCGUCCCAGCGGAGAUGAAUCGCUCCACGCUCCAUCCCGUCACGCUGCCGGCGGCGGACCCCGUGUGCGCUCAGCCCUGCAGGGUCCGCCCGCCCGCCGGCCAAAAUAACUGCGUUGCAGAACACCCACAUCCUCUCCUUCUGUCCCUCUUCCUCAUCCCUGGCUUCUUCAUCGAACCACCGGUGCCGAACUUUUGUUAACUUUAUUUUUAUUUUUUUAAAGUUGAUAGGUGCCUUUGCGGAUGACCUCAUUUUGAUGUUGGGGAAUAAAAAAAAAUAAAAUGAUAAGAAAAAAAAAGAUAAAUAAUUUUUAUAUGUAGAUUUAAAACAAGAGCCUGCCGUGUUUAGUUAUCCUUUUUAGUCGUGUACGAAACCGUCCAGCGACGAAGGCCGGUUGCCGGCGGCCGGAGCCGGGGCGGCUCUGCCCCUCCGGCGGGGGAGCUCCCGCCUGCACGGUGCCUCCGGGAAGGUUUGGUGCCCCGACGGGGCCUCCCCGGGGCGAGCACCGAGCCGUGGCGAGCCCUCCCAUCCGCCGCCCCGCCAGCAACCCAGCCGCUGGUCCUGCCCCUGCGCCGUUUGAUGUCUGCCGUGGUGAAAGAAAACAAAACAAAAGUUAAAAAGGUAUUUUCGGUUAUUUAUUAUAGAAAACUUAAACACUCUUUUAUGUUUCUUUUACAAUAAGCAGAGAUUAUUUAAAUAAAUUAUUGUUUCCACUGUG